AUGCUGGCAGGAGGGGAAGAAUCAGAAGUGUCACCAAAAGGAUCCAAAGAGGAGGAGGAGCAAAGGAAGCUGAGGGUACAAGAUGGAGGCAACAGACGAGAGGGGAGACGAAAGCAGAAGACGGAGGGUGAUUCUGAGUGUGGAAAGUGCUUCAGUCAAGUUGGGCCCUUACCUUGCAUCAAAGAACUCAUACCGGGGAGAAACCUUAUAAAUGUUUUGAAUGUCAAAAGAGCUUCAGUGGCAGUAGUUCCCUUAACUUGCAUCUACGAACUCAUACAGGAGAGAAACCUUAUAAAUGUUCCGAGUGUGGAAAGAGCUUCAGUCAGAGUGGCAGACUUACCUUGCAUCAAAGAUCUCAUACAGGGGGAGAAACUGUAUACAUGUUCCGAGUGUGGAAAGAGCUUCAGUCACACUGGUAUCCUUAGUAAGCACCGAAGAACUCAUACAGGGGAGAAACCAUAUACAUGUUCAGAGUGUGGAAGGAGCUUCAGUCAGAGUAGCACCCUUAAGUCGCAUCAACGAAUUCAUACAGGGGAGAAACCGCAUACGUGUUUGGAGUGUGGAAAGAGCUUCACUCGCAGCAAUGCGCUUACUAGACAUCAACAGACUCAUCAAGGCAGCAAACCUUAUAAAUGCUGGGAAUGUGACAAGAGCUUCAGUCGCAGCGACUCCCUUUACUUGCAUCAAAGAAUUCAUAUAGGGGAGAAACGAUAUACAUGUUUGGAGUGUGGAAAGAGUUUCAGCCAGAGUUGCACCCUUACUUUGCAUCAAAGAUUGCACACAGGAGAGAAACCUUAUAAAUGUUUGGAGUGUGGCAAGAGCUUCUGUCGUGGUAGCCUUCUCACGUUGCAUCAAAGAACACAUACAGGAGAGAAACCGUAUACAUGUUCGGAGUGUGGAAAAAGCUUCAGGUGCAGCAGCUCCCUUACGUUGCAUCAAAGAACUCAUACAGGGGAGAAACCGUAUACAUGUUCGGAGUGUGGAAGGAGCUUCAGGUGCGGUAGUCACCUUACUAGACACCAAAGAACUCAUACAGGGAGGAAAACUUAGAAAUGUUUGGCGUAUGGAAAGAACGUCAGUGACCGGGACCCUUCCUAAACAGUAAAGAACUCGU